UCCAAUUACAACAUCUGUUCCAACUACAACUGCAGCAGCACCCACAACCAUUGCUAAAACGACAAGUGCAGCAGCACCACCAACAACAGCCAAGAUGACAAGUGAAGCUCCAACCCCAACAAGAGCUCACACAAUGACUGCAGCAGCACACACAACAAUUGCUCCAGGUACAAGUGCAGCACCAAUGACAACAAUUUCCCCAACAAUAAGUGCAGCUCCAAUCACAACAACUGUUCCAACUACAGCUGCCGCUGCACCCACAACCAUUGCUAAAACGACAAGUGCAGCACCACCAACAGCUGCCCAGACAACAAGUGAAGCUCCUACCACAACAGUUACUCCAAUUGCAAGUGCAAUCGCAUCAACAACAAUUGGCCCAACAACAAGAGUAACUCCAACCCCAACAAUUGAAGGAACUACAAGUCCAGCUCCAGGCACAACAUUUACUCCAACAACAAGUGCAGUUUCAGCCACAACAGGUUCUCCACCUACAAGUGAAGCUCAAACCACAACAAUUGCUCCAACUACAACUGCAGCAACACACACAACAACUGCUCCAACUACAACUGCAGCUGCACCCACAACCAUAGCUAAAACGACAAGUGCAGCACCACCAACAACAACUGUCCACACAUCAAUUGAAGCUCCUACCACAAAAAUUGCUCCGAUUGCAAGUGCAAUCCCAUCAACAACAAUUGGCCCAACAACAAGAGCACCUCCAACCCCAACAAUUGAAGAAACGACGAGCGCAGCCCCAGGCACAACAAGUGGUCCAACAACAAGUGCCGUUACAGCCACAACAGGUAUUCCACCAAGAAGUAAAGCUCCAACCACGACAAUUUCUCACACAACAACUGCAGCAGAAUACACAACCAUUGUUCCAGCUACAAGUGCCGCACCACUGACAACAAUUUCCCCAACAACAAGUGCAGCUCCAAUCACAGCAUCUGCUCCAACUACGACUGCAGCUGCACAGACAACAAUUGCUCCAGCUACAAGUCCAGCUCCAAUCACAACAACUCCUCCAACUGCAACUGCAGCAGCACCCACAACCAAAGCUAAAACGACAACUGCAGCACCACUGACAACAAUCGCCCCAACAGCAAGUGCAGCUCCAAUCACAACAUCUGCUCCAACUACAACUGCAGCAGCACCCACAACCAUUGCUAAAACGACAAGUGCCGCACCACCAACAACAACUGCCCACACAACAAUUGAAGCUCCUACCACAACAACUGCAAGUGCAACCCCAUCAACAACAAUUGGCCCAACAACAAGAGCAGCUCCAACCCCAACAAUUGAAGGAACUACAAGUCCAGCUCCAGGCACAACAAUUACUCCAACAACAAGUGCAGUUUCAGCCACAACAGGUUCUCCACCUACAAGUGAAGCUUCAACCGCAACAAUUGCUCCAACUACAACUGCAGCAACACACACAACAACUGCUCCAACUACAACUGCAGCUGUAUCCACAACCAUUGCUAAAACGACAAGUGCCGCACCACCAACAACAACUGCCCAGACGACAAGUGAAGCUCCAACCUCAACAAGUGCAGUUCCAGCCUCAACAGGUAUUCCACCAAGAAGUAAAGCUCCAACUACGACAAUUCCUCACACUACAACUGCAGCAGAAUACACAACCAUUGCCUCAACAAGUGCAGGUCAAAUCACAACUGUUCCAACUACAACUGCAGCUGCACAGACAACAAUUGCUCCAGCUACAAGUCCAGCUCCAAUCACAACAACUCCUCCAACUGCAACUGCAGCAGCACCCACAACCAUAGCUAAAACGACAAAUUCCGCACCACCAACAGCUGCCCAGACAACAAGUGAAGCUCCAACUACAACAAUUUCUCACACUAAAACGGCAGCAGCACACACAACAAUUGCUCCAGCUACAAGUGCAGCACCACUGACAACCAUUGCCUCAACAAGUGCAGGUCAAAUCAAAACAACUGCUCCAACUACAACUGCAGCAGCACCCACAACCAUAGCUAAAACGACAAGUGCAGCACCACCAACAACAGCUGCCCACACAACAAUUGAAGCUCCUACCACAACAGUUGCUCCAAUUGCAAGUGCAACCCCAUCAACAACAAUUGGCCCAACAACAAGAGCAACUCCAACCCCAACAAUUGAAGGAACUACAAGUCCAGCUCCAGGCACAACAAUUACUCCAACAACAAGUGCAGUUUCAGCCACAACAGGUUCUCCACCUACAAGUGAAGCUCCAACCACAACAAUUUCUCACACUAAAACUGCAGCAGCACACACAACAAUUGCUCCAGCUACCAGUGCAGCACCACUGACAACCAUUGCCUCAACAACUGCAGGUCAAAUCAAAACAACUGCUCCAACUACAACUGCAGCUGCACAGACAACAAUUGCUCCAGCUACAAGUCCAGCUCCAAUCACAACAACUCCUCCAACUGCAACUGCAGCAGCACCCACAGCCAUAGCUAAAACGUCAAGUUCCGCACCACCAACAACAACUGCCCACACAUCAAUUGAAGCCCUCCACAAAAGUGCACACCACUGCAACUGCCAACAUGCCAUCAACAAACAACUUGCCCAACACAACCAAGAGCACGCCAACCCAACUUAA